CCUAAUACAGACUGACAGUGGAAACUAUUGACUGUGCGAUAUACUUGGAUGGUGAUAUUGACUAUAACGUAACAGCAUGAUGAGACAAUACACUUUGGUAGCGGUGGUCAUUGGAGUCACCUUGUUGGCAACCUCAUCCAAGGCGAAUAUACACAAAGUAAAAAAUCAACAACUUCAGUGAAACGACAAGAGAGCAGUGAUAGUUGUGACCUCGUCAAAAACUCCAUUGCACCGCAAUGUGGACGUGAAGGUGACCCAGACUACUGUCCUUAUAUGUCAAGCAGAUUUCAGAGAAUGUGUGUGAAUGGAUACUGUGAAUGUACAUCUGAAGAUUAUGACAGAUGCACGUGUUUACCACAAGUUGGCGGUUGUGAUAUGCAAAUAAAUUCUGGUCAGGAAUUUGCUACACCAAAGUUUGAGGGACAAGAUGUGACAGUUUUCAGUUGCCUGCCCGAUUCAAGUCCAGACUACGAAGUUCAUGUUGUAGCUAACUAUGAAGGCGAUGGACACACGGCAGCCGGGGUACACGACCUUGGAUAUACAACUCUGAACAUAGACGGUGCUUCAUCCAAUAAACCCAUAAUCCUCAUCUUAUCCACGUACGAGCCUGUGCAUUGGUCAUUGGUUUUCAGUGACCCGGAUGUUGUCAUCGAAAAGAUAGUAUUGUUCGCAUACUACGUAGCAGAAAGUGGAUUUACAUUUGACGUGGGUCGAGUGCGUACCACUGAGAAGAGUCAAGAUAUUGCGUGUGGUUACGGUAGUGACACUGGUGGUUGCUACACUACGGACUUACUUAAGUAUGCACGUGAUAGAUAUGGAGGUGUGACGUCAUUUAGUGGUACAUAUAAAGCAGACGAAUGGUCAUUGAGAUUAAAGAGCAACUUGACAACAGUUGGUGGUGUUCGAGGUGAUCCGCAUAUGACAACAUUUGAUGGUCGCCCAUUCAGUUUCCAGGGACAAUGUUGGUAUACUUUAGUUAAAGACUGUUCUGAUCGAAAACCCAAUUUUGAAAUCACGGCUAAAUUUGAGCCCCGUAAAGAUAGCACUGCUGACAAUAUCAAGACCAGAAUUGUUGCCUUUUAUGUGACUGUUGGUGAGGAGUAUGUAAUUGUGAACGGACUUAAUGUAAUCACAGGAAAUGAUGAUGAAUUUGCAGUUAACCCGAAUAAGAUCAAGGUCACCCAGCAUGAGGAAAAGAUUGUAUUGGAAUUCACUCAGACGGACACGUUAUUCCGGAUCGACUGGACGCUGAGAAAACAUGUCUGGAAUAUCUCUCUUUCUGGUUCUGGUUACCAUGGUAAACUGUGUGGUCUUCUAGGUGAUAAUGAUGGCGACAGUCGCAAUGACUUCCGUAAGCCUGAUGGUACCGCCGCGAUGAACACUGUUGAGUUUGGGGAAAGCUGGAGCGUACCGGAAUUAAAGUGCUACUAGAUCCUUUUUGCACUGAGAUGGGAUUAAAUUUGAUUUAUUAAAAUUGUAGAUUUUUCUUCGUCAAAUGAUGAAUAAUUAGUGAGCAUGUUUUAUGACAAAUAUGAUCUAGAUGUUCCAUGUUUAAUGCAAUGAUUAUCGUCAAAAUGUUAUGGGGAAAUAAUUUUAGAAUGCUUCGAUUAAUUUUAGUUUCAACUCAAUAAAUAGCGAAAAUGCAACAA